GGCUCACGGUUGUCCGACCACGAUCUCGCUCACAGCGUUCGCAGUGCUACACCGUGCUCGUACCUUCGUACUGCUGGUCAAAUUGAUUAGCUACAUUUCGCUCACAUUCCGAUCGAAGAUCGAUUGCAAACGGCGUUUCAGCUGCCUAUUAGGAAAGCGUUGAAUCAAGAAAGCAAACAUGUGUGACGAAGAAGUUGCUGCACUCGUAGUUGACAAUGGAUCCGGCAUGUGCAAGGCUGGUUUUGCCGGAGACGACGCUCCCCGCGCCGUUUUCCCGUCAAUCGUCGGUAGGCCGAGACACCAGGGUGUCAUGGUCGGUAUGGGACAGAAAGAUUCUUACGUUGGUGAUGAGGCCCAGUCGAAGAGAGGUAUCCUUACAUUGAAAUAUCCGAUUGAGCACGGUAUCGUUACCAACUGGGACGAUAUGGAAAAGAUCUGGCAUCACACGUUCUACAACGAACUGCGAGUGGCUCCUGAGGAACACCCAGUCCUUCUUACCGAAGCUCCUCUGAAUCCUAAAGCGAAUCGCGAAAAGAUGACGCAAAUCAUGUUCGAGACAUUCAACACCCCGGCCAUGUACGUAGCAAUCCAAGCCGUAUUGUCGCUAUAUGCUUCCGGUCGUACUACUGGUAUCGUAUUGGAUUCUGGUGAUGGCGUAUCCCAUACCGUACCGAUCUACGAAGGAUACGCUCUGCCACACGCUAUUCUCCGUCUGGAUUUGGCCGGCCGUGACUUGACCGACUAUCUCAUGAAGAUCCUUACUGAGAGAGGAUACUCCUUCACCACUACGGCCGAACGAGAAAUUGUGCGUGACAUCAAGGAGAAGCUUUGCUACGUCGCAUUGGACUUUGAGCAGGAAAUGGCCACGGCGGCCUCCUCCUCCAGCCUGGAGAAGAGCUACGAGCUUCCCGACGGUCAAGUCAUCACUAUCGGCAAUGAACGAUUCCGUUGCCCCGAGGCUCUUUUCCAGCCUUCAUUCCUGGGCAUGGAAGCUUGCGGCAUUCACGAGACCACGUACAACUCGAUUAUGAAGUGCGACGUUGAUAUCCGUAAGGACCUGUACGCAAACACUGUUCUGUCCGGCGGUACCACCAUGUACCCCGGCAUAGCCGACAGAAUGCAGAAGGAGAUCACUGCCCUAGCCCCAUCUACCAUGAAGAUCAAGAUUAUCGCCCCGCCUGAGAGGAAAUACUCCGUAUGGAUCGGUGGAUCAAUUCUCGCAUCGCUCUCUACCUUCCAACAAAUGUGGAUUUCGAAGCAAGAGUAUGACGAAUCUGGACCCUCCAUUGUCCACAGGAAGUGCUUCUAAACGCGCUCUCGAUCGCAUAUUAUCAUUCCCCAAUCCCCUGAGACUUCGAGAGAUAGGUAGAUAGAGAGAGAAGAGAGAAGAGAGAGAGAGAGAGAGGCUUCUGUCUCGUUUCGCAGGCGGACGUAACAUCAACUUCCGCGACAAUUGCCCUUUUGAUUUCUCUAGGGCAAAGGUAGCUUCUUUCAAUUCGGAUGUACGUGUUUAAGAUACGCAAGAUUUAUAAGCGUGUCCGGUUAAAUAAGGGGAGAAAGGAGCUUUACGGUAUAUCGCCCUCCUCUUGCGAUUGUUCCUCGGUCUCGGCGGCAACCCACAAGUAAAUCGGCGAUUCGUUCUUGCUCGUUUUAAAAUUAUUUUUUCAUCGAUUUUUGAAUAUAAACGAUCUUAAACAUGUGCCCCGAUUCCCGAAUACCUUUUUUUACCCUAUAUCAAGACCUUUGUAUUAUAUAUUCGAGUAAUUCAUGUUUACGGUAGUAUUUAGCCGUACAUUUUCGCGAGACAUCCUUCUCUCGACGCGAACGGAACGCUUCCUUUCCGUUAGACUUGCUCCCUCCCAUACUUGUAUGCUUCGAUUGCCAUUCUUUUUCUUUGAGGAAUUUGAGCAAGAAACAUUCACAAAGAUUCAACUCUAAGAUUUCCUGUCAGAGGAAAAAAAAAUAAAUCGUCGACUAUUCCCGCGGGAAGAGACGUUGGAGUUCCGGACAUAUGGCAAUCAACGUCUAAUUAAUGCAUUCCGAUCAAUGUGUGGUAUUUUUAAGAGAUUCUUGCGUCAAAACUGGGCACAACGUUGUACGUCAUUCCGCGCAGAGAGAGAUAAGCCUCUGACUUCUUGUUUAUUUUUUUAUUACCAUUUGCCUAUUGUUGAGGGAAAAAUGGCCUUUUUUGUCUUCUUUCUUUCUUUCUUUUUGUACAUGAUGGGGUGAACCGCUGAUCUGGUAAAGUCCUACGAACGCGCUCGCUCAAACAAGUGAAUAUAAAAAGAAGAAAGACCACUACGGUUUCGACCCCACAAGCAUAGCCAAAGUAUUAUAAUUUAUUCCCAUUGUAUUGCGCAAGACCAUUCGUACACAUCUUAAAGACUACUUUAGACUUAUGGGAUUAUAAAAUAAAAAUCUGAAAAAAAGAA